UUUACAAAGGUCAGUGUUAUUACCAAAACAUUUGUUUGUUUCAAACAAUGCCUCUUGAAGCAAAUGGUAUCGAAAAUCUUGACAAAAGUAAAGAUGUAGGCGUAUCGUUUACGAAAGGUAAUGUGUUUGGAUCCGCAUCACUUGAAGGAUAUAAAGAUGCCAGCAAUUCUCCAAAACCCAAGGGCCCUUCUUACAACGCCGCUUCUGGAAGCCUAGGAGUUUUUAGCGAGGCUGGCCACAGCGCCGGAUUAACAGCGACUCACCGGCCUGAUUUCGGCAACCAAGUAACCGCCGCUGGCAACCUUAACGUUCUUAACAAAGGCAACCACAAAGUUGACGUCAAUGCUUUCACCACGAAGAACUUCCCGACUGGACCAACCCCAAACUACUCUACUCAUGGAGCUGGCGCUAAUUACCAAUACAAAGACAUCGCCAAUGUCGGCGCAUCUGUGGCUCGCAUACCGAUCGCGCAAAGAACAAAUUACUCCAUAUCCACAGGACUGAAGCUGCACCAAACACCUACAUCAUCUUUGAGUGCUAACAUUGGUGCUUCGAAGAUCGACGCGCCAUAUAGCAAAGGCAACUGGUCACAAAAUGCUUUCUUCCAUUAUCAGAAGAAAUUUUAAAAAUUAAAAAUAAAGAAUAAAAAAACGAAACCUUUAUGUUAUUAAUCAGCGUUAAUUAUGUAAAUGAACAAAUAAAUAUUUGGACAUAA